AAAAAAAAUAUUAGUUAAAGGGGAUUUCUCUACACAUUAACAUGCAUUAGUUGGGUCUGGGAAUAUGCAUUACCAUCUCGGCCUGCAGCUCUAUUACGAAUUCUUCCAUUUUACAAAACUUGUAUAAAUGCAAAACCGAAAUUAUUCAGUUUUAGAUAUUCUGCUGCUAUAUCUGAUGUUGGAGACGAUCGUACGCGCCGAUACCAAAACUGUGGAACGUACGAAACGUUUGACCUCAGCUCUAAAAAAUGAACAGACAAUGUUGGUGGCCAAAUAUGUUGUUUCCAUACGAUCGCAAAAGCCGCAGAUCAUUUUUGGAGACAAUCAUUUCUGUGUGGGUUCCAUCGUUGCGCCCAGGUUUGUUCUCACCGCAGCCGUGUGUACUAUGAGCAAUCGCAAAGUAGAGCACACAUUGCGAUCUAUUGUCGUCGUUGGCGGCACACCCAACCGACUAAUAGCCGUCAAAGAUACAGUUACUAAGAAGGUGCAGAGGAUCUUUGUGGCGGAUAAUUUUAUACAGCGCAGCACAAACAAUAUUGCGCUGCUCAAGCUGGAAGAUUCGUGGCCAACAGGAAAUCCUAGCAUCGAUAUAAUAAACCUGCCCAAGGCGGAACCCGAUUAUGGUAUCAGCUAUAUGGUGCUUGGCUGGGGCCGUAUGUUCAAGGGUGGUCCGCUGACUGGCAAUCUAGUGCAUGUUUUUGUGAAGCUGAUGGAUCGUAAUAUUUGUCUGAGCAUGGUGAAGACCUUGUAUCCCGAAAUGCUAUGCGCAGGCAAUUUUGACGAGGACGGGGACAAUAGUCCUUGUGCUGGCGACACCGGCGGGCCCAUGAUUGAUAACAACACGCUGGUAGCCAUCGUAUCGCAUCGCCUGGGCUGCGGCUCAAGGUCAACGCCUUCGAUCUACACUGAUGUGUGGUACCACAUGGACUGGAUAAACGACACAAUUACCAACGCAUCUAGCCCGACUGCAGCUAGGUGCUGCAUUUUAUUGUUGAUACUCUCGCUCCUUUGUUUGACUGUCAAAUAAAAUUAAUGGACUAGU